ACAUGAAAACCCCCAACUCGCAGGAGGCCGAAGGGCAACAAACCAGGGCAGUUGCAGGACGGGCCACUGGGUCUGCAAACAUGACGAAGAGAAAAGCCUCCCAAAAGAAGCAGAGAGGCAGACCUUCGUCCCAGCCCCGCAGGAACAUCGUGGGCUGCAGGAUUUCACACGGAUGGAAGGAAGGCGAUGAGCCCAUCACCCAGUGGAAAGGAACCGUUCUGGAUCAGGUGCCUAUAAAUCCUUCUCUUUAUCUGGUGAAAUAUGAUGGAAUUGACUGUGUCUAUGGACUGGAACUUCACAGAGAUGAAAGAGUUUUGUCUCUUAAAAUUCUUUCCGACAGGGUGGCAUCAUCUCAAGUCAGUGAUGCAAACCUUGCAAAUACCAUAAUUGGUAAAGCUGUGGAACAUAUGUUUGAGGGUGAGCAUGGUUCUAAGGAUGAAUGGAGAGGAAUGGUCUUGGCCCAAGCACCUAUCAUGAAAGCCUGGUUUUAUAUUACCUAUGAGAAAGAUCCUGUCUUGUACAUGUACCAGCUUCUAGAUGAUUAUAAAGAAGGAGACCUCCGUAUCAUGCCAGAGUCCAGUGAGUCUCCUCCAGCAGAGAGGGAGCCAGGAGGAGUUGUAGAUGGCCUGAUAGGUAAACAUGUGGAAUAUACCAAAGAAGAUGGCUCCAAACGGAUCGGCAUGGUCAUUCACCAAGUGGAAGCCAAACCCUCUGUGUAUUUCAUCAAGUUUGAUGAUGAUUUCCAUAUCUAUGUCUAUGAUUUGGUGAAAAAGUCCUAACUGUUAGGGUAAACUUUGCCACAUUUGUGAAAACAAAUGUGUACUUUGUAGACAUGCAAAAUAAUGUUACUUUUCAGUGUAUUGAAAGCUUUAGGGUCCCUGUUAAUCCGACAUCUUUGCCAGCAUAACUGUUGUUUUGUCCUGAAAAAUACAAAUUUAUGUGGCCAUGA